GAUGGCCGAGUAACAUCACUGCAUCGCGAGUGUGUCAACAAAAACUCUUGCGCUGGGUGUUCUCUCGUGUAAACCGCCGAUGUUUCGGCGCUUUUCUUUACGAGGAUUCGAACCCUUAAAAGAUGAGAGAAAUAACGAGACUGCCCCUGAGGCUCCCGGCAUGAAGCGCAAGAAGAGCCCGCAGCCGGGCCAUCGGGUGCUGGUGCCCACUGCUGACAGCCCCGGGCCCCUGUCGCCCCUGCAGCACGGCCCACCACCGAUGCGUGCCCGGGGCUCCUCUGCGGGCUCCCUUGACGACGACAUGGUGGCCGACAACACCACAACACUGGAGGGGGUGGGGCCUGCAAUAGUGGCCAGUGCCUCGCUGCUGGCCAAUGGGGGUGCAGCUGCGGCAGAAGCUGGCGGCGGCAGUGCGGCUGCAACUAGCGCAGACGAAGUGGACACGCUACUGGCCCACACACCUGACCUCCACCGGACCAGGGCAGCCUUGGAGCACAUCAGCCACAAGAUUGCACGGACUAGGGAGCUUAUCAAGGCCGAGCAGACGACCCGCGACGACAAUGUGAACGAGUACCUGAAGCUGGCGGCCAAUGCGGACCGUCAGCAGAUGCAGCGCAUCAAGAGUGUCUUUGAGAAGAAGAACCAGAAAUGUGCCCAGUCCAUCUCCCAGCUACAACGUAAGCUGGAGGGAUACAUCAGACGCAAGCGUGAGCUGGAGACCCACGGUGCCACAGCGUCUUCCUCCUGGCAGCCGCGGGACGUACUGCAGAAUGUAGGGCAAGGCAUCAGUGGAGUGGUUGGCAACAUCAAGGGUGGACUGUCAGGCCUGGCAUCUGUGGCACACUCUUCAACCGACAACAAGUAUGGGUCGGACGAGGACAGCUCGAGCCUGACGUCAGAGUCGAGCCAAAUGACGUCCCACCACCAGGGCGUCGUCGGUGGCGGGUUGGGGCCGGGAGCGGCCACGGCCAGCCCUCGGCACCCUCCACUGGCCCCUCCCCAGGACCAGCCUUCUCUGCUUGUGGGCAUGGCCAGCCCGUCCGUGGCUCCGCCCCCUCUCGCCUCCACUCUUGGUCAGUCCUUGGUACCCGAGGCUGAGCUCGAGCCCUUGCUUGCUGAGCUCGCCGAGCGGCGAGAGGAGUGCCAGCGCCUGGCAGAGGAAAUUGAAGCCCUCAAGGUGUUCAUUUUCGGCUCUGCCUGCAAGCUGGAGACUUCGAAUCAGCUUCACCACGAGUGUUCCUACUUCAGCCAAGCCUUGCAAGAGGAGCGGUACAGGUACGAGCGUCUGGAGGAGCAGAUGAACGACCUGAUAGAGCUGCACCAGAACGAGAUGGAGAACCUGAAGCAGGGAAUGGCUGACAUGGAGGAGAAGGUUCAGUACCAAAGCGAGGAGCGACUGCGAGACGUCCAAGAGCUUCUCGAAAACUGUCAGACACGGAUCAGCCGCAUGGAGCACCAGCAGCAUCAGCAGCUACAGCAGCUGGUGAGCCUGGAUGCCCUGGACAACUCGCAGGCUCGCGCCCUGGGCCUCAAACUGGUCAACGUCCUGCUCAUGCUGCUCCAGCUGGCCCUGCUCCUCGUCUCCACCAUAGCCAACAUCGCCAUGCCCUUCCUGCAGUCCAGGUUACGAAUCAUCACGACCGCUCUUCUGAUCCUGGCCAUUGUCUCUGCUGCCAAACAAUGGCAAGAACUGUCAGCUUGGUUUCAACUACAACUAAACGAAGCUCUGGAACGUUGGAAAUGAGUAAACACCAGGCAUUGUCGUCCAGGAAGUGAACUGUCGGAGCCGCACUUGCGCCCAGGGGGCCCCCUCUAUGCGUGUGGGUCCCCCGUGACGCAAAUUGUGGCUAAAGCAUUGCGCGCGGCAUGCGCCGGCUCGGAACAACCCCACCUCGAGUCACGUCGAGCCGAGGCAUUGGGGUUACAUUUGCUACCGAGCAAAAGAAAUGGUCCUCGUGCCGAGAAUUGCCCAAAUCGAAGAGGAGGAGCAGACUUCGUUGUCGCCUGUCGGACAAAAGCUCUGCACUGCUGCUGCGCCCCUGUUUCUUUCUGAACUCUCUACAGAAGCAUGUCGUGCACAGUUAUGUGUUGUUUCUGACUUCCGUCUUCUCUGCUUUACCCAUGUUUCGUGUUGUGCCGUCUUGCGAAGCAUUGUGUCGCUGCAGAAUCGACUCGCAUGGCAUCAUUUGGAAUGGGUACUGUUACGUGAUGUUCGGGUCGCUGCUUUACGCGCGAUGCCGAUGUGGCAGUCAUUCCUUUCUUGAUUGGUGCCUUACAAGCUGUCAUCGUGGAGAGAAGCGAUUGUUUGUUGUUGGCAACUCUGCACUUACGAGGUCUAUUUGUUUUAGUUUAAUGCCCGCUUUUACGAAUGAAUGCUGACUGCAUAGGCUACGCAAAAGCAAUGUUAACAAUUGCUUUUUAGUUGCGAGAACCAAGACUCUUGGUUCUGUCUCUGUCCUCCCCUUGCACUUAGUUUCAGUGCACUAAAACGCUUCGUGAUCAACAGGCUUGGGCAGCUGUAAGUUUAUUCUGCGUCCAAUCUCUUCACUGCACGGAAAGGAAGCCUUUACUUUGUCGUGCUGCCAUUAGUACAUUCAGCCGAGCUUCAUGGCGAGAAUUCAAUUCCGGGCGGGCCUGCGAUGUCUGGCGGAGUGCGGCACCUUGACAGUUAUUGCACUCUAAGACAUUCCAAAGCGUAUCAUGCGAGUAGCUUCAAAGCAGCUGCUACAUGCCGGAUUCCUGGACUUUGUGCGACGAAGUAGGAUUGCGGGUGUCCUUGUCAAGCCUUCAGAGGCGGCGAGCGUGUUGUAUACACACUACAUAUAGAAUGAUGUAUGGGUGUGUACAAUAUGGAAGUCAUUCUUUUAAAUAUUCUGUGAUAAGCGAGCAAAAGGGAUUCUAGUGUUGCGGCGUCGACUGUGUGAGCCUCGCCGUCCAAGGUGGGACAUUUCGCCACCGCGACGCGGGCCCUUUGGAAAAUGCAACACAAAGUGCCCCUUGCUUGAUUUGUUUGGGACGUUUGUUUGAGCAGUUCUUCCAUGCCGCUGCUUUCCUUUUUUUUCCCCUCCUCCUUAAUAGGCCGGGCGAGUGUUUCGCAUUUGGACGCGUAUUUUGUUAUUAACGUGUUUUAUGGGCCAUCAUGUUAUAGUGAUGACAGCGUCUCUCCGCAAUCGCAUCGUCUGUUCUUUUCCUCGCACUUAGUGUUCGUUGCAGUGAGGCCCGUGUUGUAGUAAGUGAACGAAUUUUGAUGCAUUCCACAUCAGACUGGUGAUUAUAGCGCAUAGGUUGAUGUAUGUUGUGACUAUCGCUUUAAUUUUAUCUUGGAAAUGUGGAAAGUCUCCGUACAACUGUCUUGAGACUGCAUCAGUUCAAUUUUUUUUAUGUAAUUGUAAGCACAAAACCAAAUGGCCACCACCAUUUUAUAUUGAAUAACGUGCAUGUGAGACAAACGACAAUAUUUUAACUGCGCUUAGAUUUGCGUGUAUUAUGCCACAGAGCUAGCACUUGCGGGAAGCAGAUGUUGACAGUACUACUAGUAAAAAAAGGUGUGCAUUUUCAGGCGGCUGGAUAGUAGUGGUUUUGUUUUUUAUAGGAAUAUCUAUUGGCUUUGCUGAAAUACCAAAGUUUUGUGCUCUUGUCAAACAGGAAAAAAUGAGAUUGUGUGGAGUGAAUACUUUUUAACAGCGUCACGGUGAUAUUGUUAUGCUGAAGUGACCUAGGCUGUUUACUAUCUUUGAUGAUCGAUAAGUGCUGUCCUAUGUCAGAUGGAAAGUUAGGCUAUUGGUGAAUGUUCUUUUUGUGUCAGUAUUGUCACGGUGAAUGUAGACGUUAAGUAUUUCCGUGUCUAAAUUUGAUUAUUGGCAAUGUUUAAUUAUUCUGACUCAUCAGUAAGUGUUUUAUGGUUAAUAAAAAUGGAAAGUAUACCUGA